AGAAAACUUUCAUUAGCGCUUCAGCGAUUAAAGGCCAUAGAAUGUUUAAAUUGAAUUCAAUUAUAAAUUUAUUAAUUGUAUUAUAUCUAUGGCAAACACCUAAACAACUGGAAGCAGGAAGAAUUCUGGGCAUUUUUGCUCUACCACAACCGGCCAAAUAUACAGUGACAACAUCUUUGGUAAAUGCCCUACAUGACAGAGGUCAUGAAAUAACGUUAAUUAUAAGAAGUACCAAUCAGCUGCAUGUUUAUGCUAAUAUACGAAAAAUAGUUAUAGAAGAUCAGGAGCAAAUUGCAAAAGAGUUUUCUACAUUUUCUAGUGAAAAUGUAGAUCAAAAUCUUUUCACCAAAAUGCAGACUAUUUUUGGUAAAGGAGCGCGAAUAAACUCAAAUAUUUUCAAUAAUCCUGAAGUUCGAGAGAUAAUGAAAAACGAAAAAUUUGAUAUGAUAAUGCUGGAUACGUUUAUGACUGAGGCUUUAUAUGGUUUGGGAGAAUAUUUUAAUGCCUCAAUGGUGGGUAUUUCCAAUUUUGGAUCUCUAACCUCGUUGGAUACAAUGGUGGGCAAUGUCUCACCUCUAUCGUUUAUACCUUCAAUAUUUAUACAACAUACAUUCGAGGUGACAUUUUGGCAGCGUUGCUUAAAUGUUGCCUUAUAUGUGGUUGAUAUAAUGACAUAUGAAUUUAUACAUAUGCCGCUGCAGCGUACAAUUUAUGAAGAUAUAUUUCCUAAUGCUACUCUCACAUUUGAUCAGGCUUGUCGUAACUUUGCUUUAGUUUUACUGAAUCAACAUUUUUCUUUAAGUUUUCCUCGUCCCUAUGUACCCAAUAUGAUCGAGGUGGCAGGUUUGCAUAUUAAGGAAGAAUUGGAUCGACUGCCCACAAGUGUUCAACAAUUUUUAGACAAUUCUCCUCAAGGUGUUAUCUAUUUUUAUUUGGGUGUUAGUGAGGAAGCAUUUAACUUAAAUCCCAAUAACUCUUUAAUGGUUUUACAAACGUUAAAGGAUUUAAAUUAUAAUAUUAUUUGGAACAUGGACUAUAUGCCCGUGAAAGCCCGGAAAUUUAGCAAUAUUUUACAAGUCCAUAAUGUUUCGCAUUACUCAAUAUUGGCUCACGCUCAUGUUAAACUAUUUAUAACCAAUGGUGAGUUGCUCAGCGUUAUAGAUGCCGUUUAUUAUGCCAAACCUAUUUUAGGUCUACCCAUGUUUUCCGAUCAACAUAUAAAUAUUUAUAUGGCCAUUAAAAACGGCUAUGGUCUCGGUUUAAACCUAAAGCAACUCCAUGAAUCUAAAUUGAAACAAACUAUUUUAGAACUUCUAAAUAAUUCACGUUAUACCAAGAAUAUCAAAGAAUUAUCCGAUGUUUUCCAUGAUCAACCUAUGAAACCUUUAGACAAAUCUAUUUAUUGGUUAGAAUAUGUCUUAAGACGCAAAGGUGCUAAACACUUGCGUGUCAAAGGUCGUUUUUUGAAUUUUUGGCAAUUUUAUAAUAUUGAUGUUUUCUUAGCAUUCUUAUUCGUAUUCGCUUUAAUUGUAUUUAUGAUUUGGUUUAUAAUGAAAUAUAUACAUUUGUUGUUACAUAGAAGUAAACAGAAUUUACAGACAAAAUUUAAAAGAAAUUGA